AAUGUGGCAAAUUCAGUUUUCACGAUGUCUUCCGCUACUAAAAGUGAUACUAAUGGGGCUAUUUUGACAUUUUAGACCUACUUUUCCAUAAGUUUGUUUAGUCAAUAACAAGCACAACAAGGAUAAACAAAGAGACUGUUUACAAAUGGUCUGAAUAAUAUGUUAACCAGUGAUUUGCCUGUUGUAAAACCGCGUAAGAAAUACCCGGAAGUGCCAAUACAUAGACCGGAAAGGGAUAAACCAUGUGGGCCUCAGAAAAUUAAAAAAACUUACUCGGCUAAUUUUAGUGCUGCAAAACAUAGGCAUAAGCAUGUUAGUGCUGAUAACGUUUCUAUACCUAGAGUAAGUGAAGUGAUUAUAGAGAUUCCGGAGAAAGACAGUUCUGGUGGGAAAGUUUGUAGGAAAUCUCUUAUGAGGGAAAUUGAAAGACUAACGAAAACUAAUGAGGAUAUAAAUAGUAAAUUUAAUGAGCUAGAGGAGCUUUCGGUAAAAAAAAUCAUAAAGCUUAAGGAAAAGAUUGCAAGUUUGCAUAAUGCUAAUGAUGAGUUUGUUAAGGAAAAUGAAGCAAUAAGGUGUCAUUUUAGUGAACUUCAAAAAAACUACGAAGAAAUCUACGCCCAAUUGGAAUUGUGCAAAGUUUGCAAAAAAUGUGAACAGCUGAGAGAUCAAAUUGGGCAACUAACACAGAACAAUGACAGCCUACGAAAGAAGAAUCAGGAAGUCCUCGAGGACCUUGAAAUGCUUAAAACUGUGGUUUUUAGGUUAAACGCUCAAUUAGAACGCUAUCAAGAAAAACUACGAUCGCACAAUAUAACUAUAGAAAAGUACUCUUAUCUCCAAUCUCAAAGUAAAACUUCUAAAUCGCAACUCAGAGAUGACGAAAUCAUAAACAUUUUAUCAUCUGAACAUGAGAGUCAUCGUCAUACUCCCGUAUCUUGGGGCAACGUAAACAGCCAUACCUUAGGACCAUUACUAGAUGCUUAUGAAGAUGCUUUAAAUGAAAAAGAUGAAAUCAUUCAAACCUACGAGCUGGAAUUCGCCAAGUUGUCUGGAAAAACCAAAGAGAUUCUCGAGGAAAACGAGAGCCUGUAUAAAAAACUUACUGAAGAUGAAAAUUGCAGUGCCAAGUUAGGGCUUCAGUUGGAAAAUCUAAAAACCGAACUGAAAACGGUUAAAGAACAUAAUGAUGCUUUGAUUAAAAAAUGUGCGAUAAAACAGGAUAAAAUUGAGGAAAUUUUAAAAGUUUACGAGCAUAAAGUUGAUCAAAUGAAACGAGACUACCAAGUGGUCCACGACGAAUACAUCUCGCUAAGAACUGAAAAUGUAUCUCUAAAAGAAAAAAUAAAAUCUCUAGUAGAUUCCCAAGAUGAUUUCAAGAAUGAAAGACAAAACUACAUUCCUAUAUCAGUGCAUACCGCUAGCGUCAAUGAAUGUAAAAAGUGGUAUGAAGAACUGAAACAGCAAUAUGAAAAUGAAAAGGUAAAAAUGAGACAGACAAUCGAUCAAUUAACUAAGGAAAUUGCAGAGCUGAAUACGACCAUUGGCAAUCUAAAGAAAUCGAGGGAGCAUCUUGAAGAAAAGGUGCAAAAAGCAGAAAAAGAAGUGAAGAAAGCAGAAUCAAAAUACUUAGAUUUAGAACAUUCUCUAAAUGAAGUUCAGUUGUCGAGGAGUGCUUGCAGGAAACAGCUGCAUAAAGCAAUGUGCUUUGCCAAAGAUAUGGUUGCCGAACAAGAAACGCUGCUGAGAGCAUUAAACCAGCGACAGUUAGAAAACAGAGCAGUUAAAAAAAUAGGAUCAGAAAUGGCGGUAAAGAUGGACUCCUUAAGAAACCAACUGAAGGACGUGCAAAAAUCGGCCUGGCAAGAGUUCUCAACCGUGGAGCAAAGAAUCCAAGAACAAGCCGACGAAAUUGAAAUGUUGAAAGAUCAACACAAUAAAGAAUUAGAGAAAUUGAACGCCAUCAUCACUGCCCAGGAGGAAAAGCUUUUGAAAGUUACUAAAGAUGAAAAGCACGUGACUGUUAGCCAGUAUCAGUUAUUUAAGGAUAAGUAUAAAUGACAAUAAAAUAUUUUUUGCAGUA